CCCAUCACCAAAACGCCACAACCACAAUUACCAUGAAACUCACGAUGAUCUUCCUGCCAUCUUCACACCAGCCAUCGUCAGCGCACGAUGGACGAGCGACCUCGACUGCACCGUCGCCGCCAAAGCCACGAACAUCUGCAAGCGGCGGUGAACAUUUUGAGAAUGGAUGUUCACUUGGCUGGGCCGACCAAACUUAAAUUGGGCCGUAUCAGGGAACACUAUCAGCAGCCCGACACUCUUUUCUCCAAGCUGACCAAUCGCUCAGUGAAGCUUCAGAAAGUCGUCACAUACGCGAAGAACCGUCCGUGGUUCCGAAGAUUUGAGCAGUCAACUUACGGUCGUGCGGAUACCUUCAAGUUCGGACCCCAGUAUCUUGGUUUUUCAAUCCGCAUGAACAUGCAGAAUGUAUCCUACCAACAAACGGCCUCGAGGGUCAUGUUCCUUCACCAACUUCGUAAAACUACUAUCACAUCAUCACACAUGAUACACCAUGAGGCUCCUCACCUUCUUCCUCACUGCUGCCAUGGCAGCCAUCACAAUGGGAGCGCCUCUCCCAACAACGGCACCCCCAACGCUGUCGACAGCACUGCUGUCGACACAUGUUCAACAACCUCCGCACCUCUCUCUGCGCAUCUGGAGGUCGCUGGCGCCCUCGCCGCGCUUGCCAUCGUUACACCCAUCCCCACCUCCAGUGUCGCGAUUACCUCCACGGCGGCCCACAAGUCCACCUCCGGUACCCACGAAGUCAACGACGUUAAUGCCGACGUGGGUAACCUGACGAUUUCCAGCCUUCCCUAA